AUGAAGAAUUCGAAAGCAAAAAUAUUAUUGCAGUCUAAACUAUCAUCUGAAUUUAAUGUUGAAUCAGGUGUAAGACAAGUCAAUGGACAUGGAUUUUAUAAAUAUGAUUAUGGAGUUAAAGACUUACAUACCGGUGAUAUUAAACGUCAAUGGGAAACUCGGCAUGGUGAUAAAGUUAUUGGUGCUUAUGAGCUUAAAGAACCAGAUGGUACUAAACGUGUUGUAGAAUAUACAGCUGAUAAACAUAGCGGUUUUAAUGCUAUAGUGAAAAAGAUCGGGCAUGUUGAUCCACAUCCAGUUCAUCAAGGACAUCAUGGACACCACGGUCAUCAUGGUCACCAUGGACAUAAUAAUGGACAUCCUUCCAGUUAUACUAAUGUUUAUAUGCAUUAA